GGGACAAAACAAGGGCACAGGUGGGAUUUUCUACCCACUUUGCACGUGGUCCACUCGAGAGGCAGAGGCGCCGGGGACACACCAGCCGUCGCCUGAGCCCCCGGCCCCCACACGGCUCCCUCUCCGCUCCCACCACGGGUCUGCCUUCACCCGCCCGAGGCCCAUCGGUGGAGCCAACUGUCAGCUGGCGAGUCUAACUGACCACAAUGCUCUUUGGCAAUGAACUGAGAAAAGGGUGUCAACCAAAGCCUAUGGGGAUUCAAAAGGUUUUAAGGUUUAAACUAGCCCUUAUGAACCUGCUUGCACACCAGCACACGUCCUGACCCCAAGGCCCAGCACACGUCAUUUAUGAUGGCUGCUCUGUAUUUCCUGACACCGGCAGCCAGAUGAACAAACUGAAUAUGACCAAAUCCAUUUCUGACCAAACCCGAUUCACCACAUUGAGCCACGCUCAGCAUGUGUUCAUCCAAGUCUGCAGGAAGCUGGCUCCACAUUUUCUUACUUGAACGAAAGCUUGACGUCUGUUACAUAUUCCAAACAAAUUUAUUUUACCCAGGCACUUGUUACAGAGAACUGUCUUAUUAGCACCGGGUCACCUGCUUACCGCCACGUCCCACCAAAGCAGCCGCCAUCCCCACCAAAUUGCAAAGCCCGCACCUAACGCCGCUGCUCCAAGCCGGGCUCUGUCCCUGAAGUUAACAGGACACACCCACGCCACUCACCAGCUGGGCGUGCACUGCUGGCAGCUGUGCACCGGGACCAGGCAGGGGCCGGGCCCAGCCCUGCAGAGGAAACCCAUGGUUGGGGGCCCGUGCCCAUGUGACGGACAACCUGACACAGGGCCAUGCCAGGCAGUGCCGGGCGCCAGGGCUGUUGGUCUUGUCCCUGCACAUGUGUCUUGGGGGACUGACAGGUGGCAUCGUUGGAAGAUGGAAACAAUUGUGGCCCGUCCCACAAGGACAGGAAGAGCCUGGGACUGAGGGGUCCAGUGUGGCUGCAACCCAGACACCCGCAGUGAUGUUGAACACUUUUCACACUUACUGGCCACCUGCACAGCAAAAGCCUCUUACUCCUCCCUACCGAGUGGCCGUCUGUCUGCAGGAGGUCCACAGUCAAGAUCCUGAGUCUCUCCUCGCUCACAGGUGCAGUCUCCUCCUAAUCCGAGGUCAUGAAGAUAUUCUACUGCACUGUUUUCAAAAAGCUGUUCCUGUUCUCCCUUGUGAAGCCCGGGUUUGCCUCUCAGGUAGCUUCCUGUCAACCUGGUCCACACAAGUGCGUCACCGACACACACAAAGGAGGUGGUCUUGGAGCCAGGCCACUGAGCCAGCCUCUGGUGUCAGCAGAGGUGACGACCUUGAGUCUCUCCACACCAGCAUUCCAGAGCCCGCUCACCUGACUGACCGCCUUCAUCAGGCUGCUGACCACCUUCCAAAGCCUCUGCUGCGUCCACACCCUGAGUUCAGUUCAGUGCUGCCACUACCUGGAGCUGCUGUCAGGUCCCACGAGUUGAAGGGCUUCGUGCCAGCAACGCUGCCCCCCGAUCAGACGCCAGCCACACUUCUGCCUGACAUACCACAACUCGAGGGUCCUUAGAACACCCCGCCCCAACUCAGGUUCCAGUAAUUCACCAGAACAACUCGCGGAACUCAGGAAAACACUCUGUUUACCCAUUUAUUAGAAAGGACAAAACUCAGGAAGAGCCAAGUGGAAGAGACACACGGGGCGCGGUCUGGGGUGAGGGAGUUUCCCUGCGCCCUGUCCCGGGCACGGCCUCUGUGUUCAGCAACGAGCUCUCUGGGACCUGGCUGUUCAGUUUUCAUAAGCCAACCUCCAGCCCGUCCCUCCCUGCAGGGGCUGGGUGCUGGGCUCCCACCCUCUAAUCACAGGGGGCUCCUCCCCACCCCCACCCUGAGGCUAGCCAGGGCCUCUGGGCCUCCUGUGUUCCAAAGGGGCUCCCUACAAAAGGGGUUCUAUGAAUAACAAAGGCACUACUGCCACUCGAGAGACCCCCCAAGGGUUUUAGAGCUCUAUGCCAGCAAACACUAACGUUUUAAAUUCAGAUACACGAUGUUGGCACAGGACAUAUUGGUUUCAGGUGGACAUACGUGUAUUUUAUUAUGUCACGGGCCAACUCAAGACUCCAUGGAGACAAAUAUGUGUAUGCUUCUUAUAAUCACCUCACAGAAAGUCCUAAGCAUCCUUGAGAAAGAAAAACAAUCCCAUCUGCACUGUGUGCAGCAAAGCUUUGGGUCCAAAAGCUGUAUUUCCAAGAAUGAUUUACUAAAGGAUAAUGUUUCAUUAUUAACCUGCAACAAGUGGGAAAACAUGCAUUGUGGAAAUAAAGAAAAUGUGUGCUGUUAACCCACUCUCAUCCUGCAAUUACUGCUUUUUUAAUCAAUAAAGAUGGGAUCAGGGUUGCUUCAAACCCUAGAAACCUCGCUCAGAACCACAAAUCCUCGAGGCAGUCACUGGUAUCAUUAGGCCUCAGAAGAAAGCAGACACCGCUGCUGAGGGCUGCGAGGCCCUCGUCCACCUCCACUCACCCGCCCCCACGGGCACCGCACAGCUCACACACACAGGUCAACCCUAGCCUCCGGACAAGGCAGACGAGCUGACCUAAGUGCCCCCACAGUUCCUGCCUGUCCUGCGAGACUCCGGGCUGUCCUGGCCGCACUGUCCUCGACAUACCCAGGUGCACCCCACAGAGCUCCAAAGGCCACCCCUCACCCCAGUCUGGGGUAGCAGGUCCCAACCAUGACUAAGGAG